AUGGACGAGAACUACACCAUCAACGACGACCUAAGGGCCUGUGGCCUGCCAUGCGACGAUGAGGACGACGUGGCUGCCGGAGCCGUGCCACUCGUCGGUAGCUCUUCUGCUCCCGUCAAUGUGGAUGCUGCCGGUGCCGGAGGUACCAUUCCACCUUCUACCCCAUCUUCUACCCCAUCUUCUACCCCAACUACAUCAACGGGCACCAGUGUCCGCAAGGGGAAGCGGCGGUCUACUGCCUGGAAUGACUUUGAGGAGUUGUUCCAGGAAGGCGCCAACGGGAAGAAGUCUCAUCUGCAAUUCCAUUCUGAUGGCUCAAUUAUUAAUUGGGAAUACAAGCCCGAUCUUGCUCGCAAAGAAUUGUGCCGGUUGAUUGCUAGACUUGAUCUUCCCCUAGGCUUUGGUGAGACAGAGGCAUUUGUGGAGUACAUCCAGCGUGCUCAUAACCCUCGUUUUGCUAAAGUUUCUAGACAGACCACUUCUAGAGAUCUUGCCAAGUUCUUUGCCGAGCGUCGUCUUUCUCUUGUUGAUACUUUGAAGUCUCAUGUUUCUUCUGUUUGUCUUACUUCUGAUAUUUGGUCAGGGAAUGCCAAGGAGGACUACCUUAGUGUUGUUGCACAUUUUGUUUCUGCUGAUUGGGAAUUAGAGAAGAGAGUCAUUGCUCUUAGGUUGAUUGAUUGCUCCCAUUCUGGUGUUAACAUUGCUGAGCGUAUUGAACAAGUUGUUUCUGAGUUUGGUUUACAGGAUAAAAUUUUCUCUAUCACACUUGACAAUGCUUCUGCUAAUACUUCUGCCAUGUCCACACUUAUUCCCAAAUUUGUUGGUUAUCUAGGUCCAGAUCCUGAACCUCUUGAUUCUGAUUCUGAUUCUGAUAAAGCACUUCUUUCCAUAACUUCUGCAUUCUCAAGGGGGUACGCCCCUCGUAAGUUUGGUUUAGAUAUGGAUCCACUUCUGACUGAAAACCAUUGGGUAAUUGCUGAGAAAAUUUUGCUGUUCCUUGAAAUGUUUUAUGAUUCCACUGUUGCUUUAUCUGGUGUUUACUAUCCUACAAGUCCUUUGAUGUUGCAUCAUAUUAUUGAGAUUGCUGGCCAUUUGCAUGGCCAAGAUUCUGAUCCAUUGCUCAGGAAUAUUGCUGUUCCCAUGAAGCUUAAGUUUCUCAAAGCCAAGGUGAGAGGUUUUCAUAAUGUUCUCCAACUUCUUUCUCAGACAGUUGGUGUUGAUUACUCUUCUUAUUUCACUGAGGUAAGAACUCAAUUACAUAAGUUGUUUAACAAGUAUGAAAACAAGUUUGGUGCAGUUCGAUCGCAAAGGCCCGCUCAACCUUCAGCUGCUACUGGUAAGAAAAGAACAACAUGGGGUAAGAUCUUUGGUGGUCCUGGUACAUGUGGUUCUCCUGUUCUUUCAUCUACACCUCCUAUAUCUCCUGCUUCAGAGCUGUCAUCCUACCUGGACAGUGAUACUAUUUCUUGCUAUGAUGAUGACUUCAACAUACUUAGUUGGUGGCAUGAGCACAAGCUAUCCUAUCCUAUUUUGUCCAUACUUGCUAAAGAUGUUAUGUCUGUUCCAGUUUCCACUGUUUCUUCGGAAUCUUGUUUUAGUCUAACUGGCAAGGUGAUUGAGGAGCGGCGCCGACGGUUGCUGCCUGAGACGGUGGAGAUGCUGACCUGCCUCAAGGAUUGGGAGUUGGGAGAUGCAAGGGCCCAACAUGAUGUUGAGAAGGAGGUCAAUGAACUGGAGGAAACUUACAAAAGCCCCUACCCAGACAUGGAUGAAGGCCAAGCUACUCCUAGUCAGUAA